AUGGUCCUCAAGCUCGCCGGCUACCCCUUCUCGACCUGCUUCCAGCGCGUCAAGCUCGUCCUCGAGGAGCUUGACGUGCCGUACACCUUCAUCCUCGUCGACAUGUCCAAGGGUGCGCACAAGGCACCCGAGUUCACCACGCUCCAGCCGUUCGGGCAAGUGCCGUACAUCGAUGACGACGGUUUCGUGCUCUUCGAGUCCCGCGCCAUCUGCCGCUACCUCGCGCUCAAGUAUGGCGGCGUCGAGAAGGGCCUGAUGCCUUCGCCUGGCGACUCCCUUGAGAAGACGGCGCUCUUCGAGCGCGCGGUGAGCAUCGAGGUGACGAGCUUCGACCCGCCCGUGAGCGCGGUCUCGGUCGAGAAUAUUGUGAAGCCGAUACGCGAUCAGAAGACCGAUAAGGAGGCCGUGGCGCGCUUCACGAAGACCAUCGAGGAGAAGCUCGCGGCCUACGAGGUCCUCCUCGGCAAGACCAGGUUCCUCGCCGGUGACAACGUUACGCUUGCCGAUCUGUUCCACCUGCCGUAUGGCGCGCUCCUCGAGAAGCAGGGCAUCGACUUCCUCGUCAACCCGACCAAGUUCCCCAACGUCGCCCGCUGGUGGAAGGAGAUCGAGGCCCGCCCGGCUUGGCAGAAGAUCAAGUCUCAGUGA